AUGAAACGACUAGCGGAUUAUGCUAACAUUCAACAUUUAUACCCUAUCGUCGCUUUUACAAAUUAUCUCAUUGAAAAGUUUAAUCAUCGUAUCAAACGAAAUGAAGCUUCCGAAACACCAAUCGCUUACUAUCUAACACACGGUACUGAUUGUGAGACGAUGAAUGCACUAUAUAAAGGCUUUGUUCAUGGAUGGUAUCAUCUUAAUUUCACUGAAGUGCGCUACGGUUGUCAAACGGCAAACUUCGAAUUACCAAAAGCAGAAGAAGAUUUUGCUACACAUACUAAAUUAGCGAUGGUCUUAUUGAAUACGACCAAAGACAAUAGUAGCAUCCUUUUGGCUGGAUGUUUACGAACUAUUGCUGAAUUACAGAAUGAAAUUGUUCACUUUUUUCAUAAUCGAAUUCUUAACGACGGUAACAAUAAUCGCUAUCAAGAAAAUAGUAUACCAAUACAAUCCAUUCGACCAGAACACACCUUGUAUCUGGAUGAGAAUAUUAUUAGCACCAAACUGAUUACCGAUGGAUUCACUCUUAAUUAUCAAUAUGGAAAAAGUCAAGACAUCAUCUAUGACUUUGAAGAGAUUGAAUUAUUUUUAAGAAAUAUGAUUGGCUGUUUACCGUUGAUUGAUACUGAAAAAUUACGCUUUCUGAACUAUCAAUUUGAACUCUAUAGCGAAAAUACAGCAUUGAUCAACGAUGUUCGUCGACGUAUUAAACAAGAACCUCUCAAAGAAAACGAUCGAAUGAAAUAUAAGAAUCUGAUUAAUAGUAUGCAAAAUGAUGACAUGCUUCAUUAUCUUGGAUCACUUGAUUAUGUUUUCACUUAUUUACGUAAUAUGGACGAUGGGACAGCUGACGAAUCAAUGACAAUUCAAACAUUUGUAGAGAAACAUAUUCGUACAAGUGCUUGUCUCAAUGAUCAUGUUCUUCAACGGCCCCCGUUUGCUACGAUACGUCUCGAAUAUAUUAUCGAUCUGUAUGAAUUAAUCGAAGAGAGUGUUUUUGAUCAUGUUGUACGUCAUUAUGUCAAACGAACGUUAACUGAAGAGUCAUUUGAUGUUGAUGAACGAAUCGCUCUGGUUAAACAAUUUAGUCAGAUGACGUUUAAGAAAGAAACAAUUGCACUUUCACUUCGAGACAUUCAUGUAUGGAUUGCAAUGCUCAAACGUUUAAUGGUACGUGUCCUAUCGAAUACCAACGUUGCUCUCGAUGUGCCAAUACAAAUUUACCUCGAACGAACAGAUUUGUGGACUGGAAAUAUCACCGAAGGUGAUAUACAAACAUUUGAGGUUACUGAGCAAAUACUUCUGCAACACACUUACGUUAUUUUGAAAGGAUUAGAAACUGAACGAGACAAAAGUCUCUUAGUAAAUCAUUCGGACCAGCAGACACCGCCUCAAACCGAUCGUUUACAAAGUUCUGAAACACAACUGAUCAGAGCACAAACGUGGCAUAACGACAAGAUUAGUGAUGUCCGUACCACAAUACGAGUGAUAAAACCAGAUCAAAAUCCCGGCAAGAAGAGACGUGUAUAA